CAGUCCAGAGCAUUAAAGUAUGAAUCAAAGCUUCAUAACUUUCAAUCUUUCUCUUUGUUUUUCUCAGUGGUCCAAUUAUAUCCGAGCAACAGUGCGCAAGGAGAAGGGUCUGCCGGUGCUGGUGGAGCUGCUGCACUCGGAUGCUGAUAAAGUAGUUCGAGCGAUCGCCAUCGCUCUCAGAAAUCUCGCCAUCGACCAAAAGAACAAAGAUCUCAUCGGGAGUUACGCCAUGAGGGAUCUUGUCAGUAACCUGCCCUGCGGCCAGCAGCGGCCUGCCAAGAACCUGGAGGGAGACACAGUGGUGGCCGUCCUGAACACUAUACUGGAGAUCAUCUCUGAGAACCUGGAGAAUGCCAGAUUCCUCAUCCAGGGACAGGGAAUCCAGAAACUGGUGUCAAUCAACAGAACCAGCCAAUCGGUGCGCGAGACCAAAGCAGCAUCACACAUCCUGCAGACGGUUUGGGCCUAUAAGGAUCUGCGACACACGCUGUGUAAGGCCGGCUGGAACAAAACACACUUCAAGCCAGCCGUCUCAGGCCUGCCCAAAAAACAGAGGAACGCCAAGCAAGGGAACGAUGACAUCACACUGCCCUUAAUGGAGAAGAACCAAGGUCACUGUUUCCUGCUGCUUGAAAGUGACAUGUUUAUGAGGCUCCUGCAUUCAUGAGAACGACAGA